AUGUCGGCCGUGCCCCCCCCGCUCUCCGCGCUGCCCACCCGGGCCCCCCUCUCAUCUCGCCGCCGCCGCUACCGCCGCUGCGCGCUCAUGGCGCUGAGUGCGGCGCUGGCGCUGAGCGCAGCGCUGGCGCUGGGGGCCGCGCUGGGCGCCCCGCAGUGGCUGGGCGCCCGCACGCUGUGCGAGGCCGGGGCCCGGAUCGUCAACGCCUCGGGGGGCCCCGACCUCGACAAGUUCCGCGGCGCCCUCAGCAUGGGCCUCUUCACCGGGACCAACGUGCGGCAGUGCGGCCUCGGCCCGCGGCCCGCCGCUAUCACCGUAUUCCCCGAGCUGAUGCGGCACCGCGAGGGCGCACUGCUGGCGUGCGUGUGCGCAUGCCUGGGCGCCUCAUGUGUGUGCGCGCUGGGCUGCGCGGCGCUUGCACUCUAUAACGCCAUGACGAGGCCCUACCGCAUCCUCUUGGGCACCCUGGGCAUCCACUUGACGGCCGCCGCCACAGCACUGCUCGCUUGGGUGGCCGUGGCCAUGUUCUGCGGCCUGGCCUUUGCCUCGGACCUCGUGGAACAGGCGGCCAACGUGGGCGAGCCCGGUGUGCUGCGCGUGCUCACCGAGCAUGUGUGGCUCAGCGACGGCGCGUGGCUGGCGCUGGCGGCGCCCUGCGGGGUGGCACUUGGCUCCUUCUCCGCGCACGCUGCUCGCUCUCCCUCGACCCCGUGCUGCUACUGUUGCUGUUCCGGGCAGCGCGGGGCCCGUGGGGGCUCAGGGGAGAAGCCGGUGACGCAACUCGGGGAUGAGCUCAUGUACUGACGACGAGAGCGUGAGUGCGCGCCCGACUCGGAGGGACAAUGGAAUGUUCUUUUUGUUGACUCAAGCAUCGCACGGGACAUUGCAGAAUUGUGGCCGUGUGUGAGAUUCUGUGUGGUCGAGGUCGAUGAAGCUGUUUUUUUUCUCAGUAAAAGAAGGAAUCGAAAGGAA